UAUAUUCAAUUCCAGAAGACAUGAAGUGGAAAGUUGCUAUAUUUCUUUUCCGACUUCUCAUUGAGGCAACUCCAAGUGUUUCAAACGAUUCUCAACUUCAAGUUCUAAAUCUCCUAUCUACAACAGAACACAGAGCCUAUGUAGAUCUGCUGCAACAAGCUCUCACUAAUACACCAGCAGUAAAUGAGGUCUUUAUUUUAACAACAUUUAAAUUACAACCCAAAAUUCUUACCACGAUCUUCGGACUUUAUUCUACCAGGGGCAAUGUUAAAUACUUUGAAUUUUCAGUAUUGGGUCGAAUGAAUAGAGCCAGUCUUCGUUACUUAAAGAAUGAUGGUAGACUGCACGUGACCACCUUCAGCAAUGUCCAGCUGGCUGACGGGAAGCGCCAUGCCGUUCUACUACAGAUAAAGGGCCUGCAGCAUGGACCGAUCGCAGCUGAGCUCUAUGUGGACUGCACACAAGUUAGCUCUGCUCGCAAUUUGCCACCGUUAUUCACAAACAUGCCACAGACUGCAAACUCCAUUGAAAUCCGAACAAUCCAGAGACGAGCACAGGAUUUCGUAGAGGAUUCAAAACUUGUCCUGGGAGGUUCUGUUGCCAAGGUGGCAGCACUGCAGGAGUGUGUAUUUCAGCAAAGUGACUCUGCCAGCAUUGCAGGUGAUGUCGGAAGGCUUUUGGUCAACCAGAUGACACAACUCAAUAAAGUGCUGGGAGAAAUGAAAGAACUUCUAAGACAGCAGGUCAAAGAAACAACUUUGCUGCGUCACACCAUAGCAGAAUGCGAGGCCUGUGGUGUUGGAUUCAUUGACCCUGAGGAAACUGAAAUCCCAAUGACCCCCUUUGUUCCCCAUCCUCCCAAACCUCAAUGUGAUUCAACCUCUUGCUUCCAAGAUGUAAAAUGCAGUGAGACAGUGAAUGGAUUCCAGUGUGGCCCCUGUCCAGCAGGGUUUAUAGGUGAUGGAAUUCGCUGUACUGAUGUAGACGAGUGUCAGGUGAGCCCAUGCUUUCCCAGAGUCCACUGCGUGAACACAUCUCCUGGAUACUACUGCGAGGAUUGCCCAACAGGUUAUACAGGGCAGAGUGUCCAUGGGAUAGAAAUGCGAUUUGCAAGGUUAAACAAACAGGUCUGCACUGAUAUUGAUGAAUGCCAGAAUGGAAGGAGCAGUGGAUGUGUUUCCAAUUCUCAAUGUAUUAACACGAUGGGAUCCUUCAGAUGUGGUUCCUGUCGGAGUGGCUAUGUAGGGGACCAACUAAGAGGAUGCAAACCUGAGCAAAGCUGCACCAACCAUCUCCUGAACCCUUGCCACACAAAUGCUCAGUGCUUUAUGGAAAGAGGCGGCAAUGUCUCCUGUACCUGUGGCAUUGGCUGGGCUGGCAAUGGCUACAUAUGUGGGAAAGAUACAGACAUCGAUGGAUAUCCUGAUCAAGAUCUCAGAUGCCAUAAUAGAGACUGCAGAAAGGAUAACUGUAUGUUUGUUCCCAACUCUGGACAAGAAGAUGCUGAUGGCGAUGGGGCAGGAGAUGCUUGUGAUGAGGACGCAGAUGGAGAUGGCAUUCUCAAUGCACAGGAUAACUGUGUGUUGGUUCGUAACAUCAAUCAGCAGAACACUGACCAGGAUAGCUAUGGAGAUGCUUGUGACAACUGUCGAACAGCAAUUAACAAUGACCAGAGAGACACAGACAAUGAUGGAAGGGGAGAUGCCUGUGAUGAUGACAUGGACGGAGAUGGAAUCAAGAAUUUUCUGGACAACUGUCAGACAUAUCCCAACAUUGACCAGAAGGACCGUGAUAAUGAUGGUGUUGGUGAUGCUUGUGACAGCUGUCCUGAUGUUGUCAACCCUAACCAGUCCGACAUUGACAACGAUCUUGUUGGAGACUCCUGCGACACAAAUCAAGACAGUGAUGGAGACGGGCACCAAGACAACAAUGACAACUGCCCCACCGUCAUCAACAGCUCCCAACUGGACACAGAUAAGGAUGGGUUCGGAGAUGAGUGUGAUGAUGAUGAUGAUAAUGAUGGAAUUCCAGAUGUAUUCUUGCCUGGUCCCGAUAACUGCAGAUUAGUGGCCAACCCAGGACAAGAGGAUGACAACAAUGAUGGCAUUGGAGACAUCUGUGAAGGUGAUUUUGAUCAGGAUACAAUAAUUGACCGAAUUGAUGUUUGUCCUGAGAAUGCAGAAGUGACUCUAACCGAUUUCAGAGCGUACCAGACAGUCGUGCUUGAUCCUGAAGGAGACGCACAGAUUGAUCCAAACUGGGUGGUACUCAAUCAGGGUAUGGAGAUUGUCCAGACUAUGAACAGUGAUCCUGGUCUUGCAGUUGGCUACAUUGCCUUCAAUGGAGUCGAUUUUGAAGGCACUUUCCACGUGAAUACGUUAACAGACGAUGACUAUGCCGGCUUUAUAUUUGGAUAUCAGGACAGCUCUAGCUUCUAUGUGGUGAUGUGGAAACAGACUGAGCAGACCUACUGGCAAGCUACCCCAUUCCGUGCUGUAGCUGAGCCUGGCAUCCAGCUCAAGGCAGUCAAGUCAAAAACUGGUCCAGGUGAACAUCUGCGGAAUGCUCUCUGGCACACUGGAGACACCACAGACCAGGUCAGGCUACUGUGGAAAGAUCCCAGGAAUGUAGGCUGGAAAGACAAAGUCUCUUAUCGUUGGUUCUUGCAGCAUAGGCCCCAGGUUGGAUACAUCAGGGCAAGGUUUUACGAAGGCUCGGAUCUUGUGGCAGAUUCAGGAGUUACUAUAGACACCACCAUGCGAGGAGGACGGCUUGGGGUCUUCUGUUUCUCCCAGGAAAAUAUCAUCUGGUCCAAUUUGAAAUAUCGUUGCAAUGACACCAUUCCUGAGGAUUUUCAGGAAUUCCGGGCCCAGCAAUUGUAGCCAGCUCCUCGAGAAUGGAAAGACUGUAGAGAAUUCCAUGUGGAGCGAAUCCAGAGAGAAUGAAGAAAUGAAAAGCAGCUGUGAAAGGAAAAAAAAAACUUGUGUUCGCCAAGUAAUGGAUACAAAAGUUAUCUAAUGGAAUUGUACUUAUGGCAGUCAGAUUGACACCUGCAGUAAUAAGAAUUACAAUAAAAUAUUUGGAAAGGC